AUGGGGAUGUUCGAGAAGACGAAGAAGAUCACCGGCCCCAUCGUCGGGGCUACGUUUGCGUUUGUUGUGUUUGUGACCUCAUUGUUCGGUAAUUACAUCAUCACUUUGUCGUUGCCACUAAUCACAGUCCUGAACAAACAUCGGUUAUGGAGGGAUCUGAUGGAUCGGGCUGCCACUUUCUGGAUGGUCAUCCCUUUGGUAAUACUGAACUUGUAUAAUAUAAUAAUACGGUUAAACGCAUACAAUAGCUCACACAUUUCAGUUCUUUCUCAAAUUUGUGUUCAGGAUCAAGGUGAGAGUGACGGGGGACGAAGUUUUGUAUGGGAGUCCAGCUGUAGUUGUGAUGAACCAUCGGACAAGGCUGGACUGGAUGUAUUAUUGGCUAGUUCUGUGGAGAAUGAAUCCUUGGCUGUCAACUUCUAACAAAAUAGCUUUGAAACAAUUACUGAAGCACGUUCCUGGAGUCGGUAUGUUGCGUGAUUACUGUUCGAACUUUUAUUUUUAGGCUUCGGUAUGCAAGUCCAACAAUUCAUAUUCCUGAAAAGAGACCUCGAGGUCGAUUUACCCCGGAUGACUAGGGCUGUUGAAUAUUACAGUGACAUGGGAAUACCGUACCAGAUUUUAAUGUUCCCUGAGGGCACAGAUCGAACUGCAUUUACAUUGAAUAGAAGCAAUGAGUUUGCCAAGAAAAAUGGAUUGAGGGAACUCAAGAACGUGCUAUACCCACGUUCGGCUGGUUUUUUGCACUUGGUUAAGGAAAUGAGAAGAAGUAAGUGUUCGUAAGUAGAAAAAUAUGAUAAAAUAAAAAUAUAAGGGUAAAAGUACAAAACUUCUGUCAUCCGCAGGAUUCGAACCUGCGCCCUCCGAAGAGGACUGCGACCUGAACGCAGCGCCUUAGACCACUCGGCCAGAAUGACACACUGGCUUCCCCUCUCGUUCCUGCUUUUGCUAUUUCUGAAGAGCAAGCGGAAGAGAAAUAAGAAAUGUCCAUUUUCUUCAUCAUUUUUUCAGACAACUAUCUCGAAUAUGUUUAUGACGUGACAGUGGCAUAUCCACAGGAUAUUGUACAAAAUGAAACAGACAUGGUGAUAAAAGGGAGUCUGCCCAGUGAAGUGCAUUAUCACAUAAAACGAUAUCAUGUCAGCGAAUUGCCAAAAAAUGAGGGGGAGUUGAACCAUUGGCUUCAUCAGUAAGGAAAAUUGUUGGCUUUAACCCAAUGAACCUCUACACAUGACAAACAUGAUUUCAGGAUAUGGUACGAGAAAGAACAACGACUCGAAGAAUACUACUCCCAAAAAGCAAAGAAUAAGCGUCAAUUCAACUGUGAUGACGGAUUCAUUUGGGUAUGUGGAUUUAUUAAGUUUUAAUGUGGCAUUUUAGUUGCGUGACGACUUCAAACAGAACGCAGUCGUCUUUUACGGACUUUGUUUUUGGGUGUCGAUGGUCAGCGUUUACUUUUAUCACAUUACUUUCAUGCCCUUUGUGCAGGUAAAUGCUUAUUAUUGUAAGGGUUAUGAUUAAGAUUUAGUGUACUGUGGUCUUCCUCGUCCUUAAUUACCUCUACAUCUUUGGUCGAUACGGUUCCAUGGAGAAAUUAAUCUACACUUUAUGGGAGAAAUCGACAAAGAGAGUUCAUGUGGUCUAA